AUGUCAAACGGCGCGCUGCCCGCCGAAGACGCUGCCGGGGAGGUAGUUGCAGCGAUAGCUCAGGCGCAAACAAUCAGCCCAGAUGAGAUCGCUCUCUACGACCGCCAGAUCCGCCUCUGGGGCGUCAAGGCGCAAGAAAAAAUCCGCACGGCCAAUAUCCUCCUCACAUCGAUCAAGGCCCUAGCGAGCGAAGUGGCCAAGAACCUAGUCCUUGCCGGUAUUGGCUCCCUUACAAUCGUGGACCACGAAGCUGUCACCGAAGACGAUCUGUGCUCGCAACUCUUUGUGUCAGAGGCAGACGUAGGCAAGAACCGCGCCCAAGCGGCCGUCACCCAGCUCCAGAAGCUCAACCCGCGCGUCACCAUCACGGUCGACACGUCCGACAUCCGCAGCAAGCCCCCCGAAUUCUACCUCCCCUUCGACAUUACCAUCGCCAGCGACCUGGACUUCGCAACCCUCUGCACCAUCAACGCCUCGACGCGCCUCGCGAACCGCCACUUCUACGCCGCCGGCGCCCACGGCUUCUACGGCUACAUUUUCGCGGACCUCAUAAGUCACACCUUCGUCGUCGAGCGGGAGAAAUCCAACGUCCCCACCGCCCUACGCGCCGAAUCCGCCACGCGCUCCGUAAUCGGCGUAUCCACCAAGAAAGAGAACGGCAAGACCAUCGAAAUGGCCACGAAGCGUGAGCUCUACACCCCACUGCUGCUAGCCAACACGUCCCCCCUCGCCCCAGAGAUCCUACGCAACCGCCGCAAACUAAAACAAACUUCCCUCCUUCUCCCCUGCCUCCGCGCCCUCUGGGACUUCGAAAAAGAAUCCGCCCGCCUGCCCUCAACAGACACGCACGCAGACCUCGAGCGCUUCACCCUCCUCGCAAUGGAGAAGCACAAGGAGCUGCAACUCCCUGUCGAGACCCUCAAAUCCGACUUCCUACGCAGCUUCCUGCAUAAUCUGGGCAGCGAGCUGGCGCCCGUGACGGCAUUCUUGGGGGGGCAGUUGGCGCAGGAUGUUAUCAACGUGCUGGGCCAGCGGGAGCAGCCGAUUCAAAAUUUGCUGCUGUUUGAUGGAGAUGAGAGCCGCGGGCCGGUGUAUGCGCUGCAUCCGAUUUUUGGGGAUGGGCUGGAGGCGGUGAUGCCGGUUGAGCCGGUGGUGCCGAUGGUGGCGGCGAACGGAGGGCCGGCCGUCGAGCUGGACUGA